AUGGAGAAAUCUACGUCGACAAAAAGAAUACAAAAAGAACUUGCAGAUAUUACAAUGGAUCCACCAUCAAAUUGCUCUGCAGGUCCGAUCGGUGAUAAUCUAUAUGAAUGGAUGGCAACAAUUCUAGGACCACAAGGGUCACCCUAUGAGGGUGGUAUCUUCUUUAUGAAUAUAGCUUUUCCUGUAGAUUAUCCUUUUAAACCACCAAAGAAUAAUUGGAGUCCUGCACUUACUGUAUCAAAGUUACUAUUAUCUAUUUGUUCACUGUUGGAUGAUCCCAAUCCAAGAGAUCCUUUAGUACUUUCAAUUGCAGAACAACUAACAAGAGAUAAAAGAGCUCAUGACGAACAAGCAAAAGAAUGGACAAAGAGAUUUGCACAAUAA